CAGUGUCGGAGUGAUAUUUUGUUUGGAAAUGCAGUCUUCGAACGACAAUCCAUUGGGAGUAGGAAGAUGGAAACUUUCUGAAUAAUUUACCAACAUUAACCCCAUCGUCAAAAUAAUAUGUCAACUUAGUUAGAAUUUCAGUAUGUGGUUUAUAAAGCAGCCCCGGCCAGAGUUUGUUUCGGAUCAGCCCUCGAAAGGGAUACCAGUCCCAUUGGUAAAAACUUAACUGGAUUUCAGAAAUUGUUCACCAUGGAGGCUAACCGUCUGUCGCCUUUCUCCUACGAAACCGAAAAAUAUGGGGCCACAUCCAAUAUGAAUAAUGCCCCCUUACCGAUGUUAACUUUAGAAAAUGGAGAAAGAAUAAAAUUCAGAACUGGAGGUAGAUCAGAAAGGUUCACCGAUACAAUCAUAAGGACACCAUCGCCAACUAGAUAUGAAGUAACACUCAAGUGGGACUGUGAGAAAGAAUGCAAAUAUCCAUUCAACAACAGUAAAGAAGAUGAUAGAAGAACUUACAGAUUGACAACAACACCAGGUCCUGGGUCGUAUGACAUGAACAAAUGGCAAUGUAGAAAAGCUCUGACUCAGGAUAACUUCGGGAAACCAACGAAGGAAGACAUCAUAGAGAUGAUAUGCGUUUCUCGCCCGAGGCAUGAAUGCACUAAAUGUAAGAAAAUAUGCGUGGGUGAUUAUUGGCAUAGGGACUAUAACAUAUUUUUGUGCAUGCCUUGUUGGUGGGAGGAAAGGAAGACAUGCGAAAUAUACAAGCCGAAGGAGUUACAGAAGUUUCAGAAAAUACGAAAUUGCUCCUUUAAGCACAAUCACGAGGGUACAGAGGCUGCCAUUAAUCUCCUGACACAAUCGAGGCUAAAAAAGAAGAUGAGAUUAGAAAGAUAUUUGAAUAAUUUUAUGAAAUGUUGAAUAUAUUGCUCUUGAAAUAUACCUCCUACUUUA